CGAAUUCGCAAGUUUGUUGAUUUUAUGAAGUUUGGAACGCCAUACAAUAUUUUUAUAAUAAUUAAUAUUUAAUAUAAUACCUAAUUUUAAUUAAAUAACAAAUCAUGGCCAUGAGAAAUCCAAGACUACCGAUGUUACCCGGUUACGGCGCCAACCCCUUGAUUGGGAGAACCAAAUUUGGUGUUCGUCCAAUUUUCACAUCGAUCGACAAAGUUAACAUGUUAGUCGAUAAACCAACCGAAGAAAACAUCGUGCCCUCGCUGUACGCUCGAAAGCAAGCCCCGGAGCUACCUACCUGGCUCAUGUACGAUAAGAACAUACUGCGUUUCGAAGCGUAUUUCCAACAGACGCUGCAUGAGAUGCGAUCUUCGUCCAGCGUGCUUCGCAAGGUGAAUAUAUUCUUCUUCCUUGAAGAUGGUACGAUCAAGGUUGUGGAACCACGGACGGAAAACAGUGGGACGUCGCAAGGAACAAUUAUAUGUAGACAACGAAUCCGACUUCCGCACAGCUACGACAUGUAUUACGAUGUACUCGAUUUGAAUAUAGGAGGAGAGGUCACUUUUCACGGAAAAGUUUUUAAAAUCGUAAAUUGCGACAAUUUCACUAGAGUGUUCUUAAAUCGCCUUGGAAUCAAUGUACCAGAUCCUUUAAACUGGCCGGACGCUGUUGAAAGAACUCUACCAAAAGAAAAACCGCCCAAACAUAGGCCAUUUCGCCAAUUCCUGGAUUUUGACAGACAAGUGUUAAGAUUUUACGGUUAUUGGGACGACCGCGGGUCAGAAUUUGGUACCAAUCAUACACUCGAGAUACAUUACUUCUUGGCUGACGACACAAUCGAGAUUAAAGAAACGCUUCCACCAAACUCCGGAAUGGAAGCAGGGCCAAUGUUCCUGAAGAGAAUGCGACUGCCCAGAAAACUGCCAGAUCACGUGGAAAUGACGGGUGGUGCCCUUCCGCCUUCGUACAGCCCAGCAGAUUUAAGCAUCGGAGCAGUUUUGAAUGUAUUUGGACGGAAUGUCGUAUUAACGGAUUGUGAUCCUUUUACUGAGGAAUAUUAUCGCGUCACAUAUGGAUUCGAUACAUUUGUGCCCCUGCCGACACCGGGCGCGGCAUCCCACUGUGUGAGCACUAGCGUGGCGGAUCGUCAACUCCCACCAUGGAAUGGCUACGGCUCGUAUGAAGACUCUGCUGAGAAUUGUCGCACUGUUGAACCUAAGGCUCCGCAUGGAGAUUUCAUGAAGUUUCUUCACAAGGAUAAGGUUGGCUUCGAUUCGCAUGUUCUUCGCUUCGCUGCACGGCUUAUUAAUGACAAUCCUGAAGACGCAGGGCGAUAUUUCAUUGUAAAAUACUUCUUAUGUGAUGACACCAUGGGCAUAUUCGAACUAGGCGAAAGGAAUUCUGGAUUUAAGGGUGGUAAAUUCUUUCGACGUGACAAGAUGUAUCAUCCGGACGUGGACUUCUUCGUGCCGAAAGAGCCCCCCUCGUACACCGACAAGGAUAUGUGGAUCGGCAACGAACUUGUGAUCCGCAAGCAUCGCUUUAGACUCUUUGCUGCCGAUGAGUAUGCCUUGCGGUAUAUGGAGCUACAUGCUAAAGAGUAUCCAAUGGCUAAUGUACCACUGAUUAUGGACAAGAUUCGACGUACUUUGGCUAGCAAGGAAAAUGGCUACAAGAACUUUGUUGCAAAAUACAUGGGCGCUGUAUUGCCGAAUAAUAAAGAUCUAAUGACGACGCGUUGUUUCAAACAAGCACUGAAAGAAAUAAUGUGUGAAAAAAUGACAGAACAUGAAUUUAUAACAUUGAUCCGAUAUUUCCGUGGUGAUCCCGGGCAAGAGCCGAGCCCAAGAAGGGAAAUGAUCAGGUCUUUGGUGUUCUCGGACUUGACGCGAGGCCUAUGGGACGAUCAUGCGCGACUGCAAGAAGGCCUGCUACACGCCGACGAGGCCAAAUUGGGAACAUUGUCCGUUUCACGCUUACGUCAGUUAUUGCGUGCGCAUCGCCUGCCCAUCAACGCUGACCUUAUGGAAUGCAUGCUCGAAGUAUUGGAGAAAGAUGAGAAUUGCAAUAUUCGCUACGACGACCUGAUGUCGUUCCUGGACUUCCAAACUCGACCGGUCUACAACCUCGCUGAGGGAGACUACCAGAAAGUUGUGCGACAUGCGCCCCCUGUUAAAUUUACAGAGUGCAAACGGUGGGCAGAUGUGGACACUAUCAUUAAGGAGGGCUACGUCAACUGGAGCGCCUUCCUCUGCCAACUGAACAUGGACCAUCUUGUUAAAGAUCCUCAGCCUUAAAAUAUUUCAUGUUACACCGUACUGCAUCCAGUGGCCACACCCCGAGUACCUAUGCAUUAGUUGACUAGCGAUUGAUUGAAAAUUGCCAGAAGUCACCUGUUAAGCGAGGUGUAUAGACUAUGAAGAAAUUGCAUGAAAUUUAAGCACAUAACAUUGUCGAUUGCUAAAAGGCAAAUUGCAUUCAAAAGUUUGAUCAGAUGUAACGCAAUGUAAUGAAAAUUGCAUGUAAGUUCUUAAUACUAGUGUAAACCUGGCAAUAGAAAUAAACCUUUAUUAAAAUGAGCGCACUUUCACACCACCUAUGCUCACUCUCAAGUAAUAUUAUAGACGUAUAAUGUUUGAGUGCGUGUGUUGGGUGGUUGCGUCUGUAAAGGCACCUGUACACAAUGGGCCAGCGCCGGCCACUCCAAGGGACGCAUUUAUGCGUUAGAGGGAGCAAGUGAUAUUGCUUUUUUUUAUUCUACCGUAUGGCUGCAUCCCUUGGAGCGACCGGCGCUGGCCCAUUGUGUACAGGGGCCUUAUGAAUAAUUAAGACGUGUGUGAUGGUAGUAUGGGGAGGGGCGCGCUCUUUAAAAAUGGUUUAUUUGUAACAAAUCAUUGAUUGUAUCGUAACGCAAGUAAUAUUGCCGAAUUGCGGAAACAGUUGGCCAUGGUGUAGCGUGAGUUAUCUUUUCGAUCUGCUGUUGAUGGUGCCCGAGCGCGAGCACUAACCUCUGCACUUUAAAAAUCGACUUUCCUGGCAGACUCAUUAAUACAAUCAUGUGAUUUACAUUUUUAUUUAUUUUAGAUAUAACUUGUAUGUAAACGGGUUCUAAAUAAAAUACAGGCUCUAUUUUCGA